AAUGACUUCAUAAUAAAGCUGAGGAUCCCUUAGGAAGCAGAUUAACUCCUAAUCAAAUUCUCUGCUGGGAAGGACUAGUUUUAGUAUCUUGUGUCCUGUGACGUGUACAGCUGUUUGCAGUGCUGAGUUUCUGAUCUGGAACACGGAGACCUUAUCCAGCUAUCAAGAGUCACAUCCCGGUGACAGGCUUCAGUCCUUACUGGAAAGAAAAUUAAUCCCAACUGUAUUGAGGCAUCACUGCGUGACUAAGCCAUGGCAUUCUUUGUGGGCAAGAAAUCUGGGAUGGCAUUAAUUCUUGGCAUCUUGCUGGGCUUCUUCACAACAUUUCUCCUCUUUCACACCGUCUUUCACAGUUCCUGGAACAAGCCCCCUCCAGCCAUUCAGUAUUGGAAAAAUAUGGAGAGGCUACAGUCACUUGAUGAGUUUCCUCAUACUCACCUUUUAGAUAACAGUGAAGUAAGUGAUAUACUUUCACAAAAAGUCAGAAUACUAUGCUGGAUUAUGACUGGACCAAAUAAUCUGGACACCAAAGCCAUACAUGUGAAGUACACUUGGGCACGCCACUGUAAUGUUGCCCUAUUUAUGAGUUCUAUCCAAAACAAUAGCUUCCCAACAGUAGGAUUGGAAACCAGGGAAGGCAGAGAUCAACUGUACUGGAAGACCAUCAAAGCAUUCCAAUAUGUUCACAAGAACUACUUGGAGGAAGCUGACUGGUUCUUCAAAGCAGAUGAUGAUACCUUUGUUGUAAUGGAGAACUUGCGCUGGAUGCUUUCAAAUUAUACAGCUGAUCAGCCUGUCUACUUUGGGAAGCGAUUUAAACCAUUUGCCAAGCAGGGCUACAUGAGUGGUGGAGCUGGAUAUGUACUUAGUAAGGAGGCCCUAAAUCGCUUUGUGGAAGGUUUCCGUAAUGGAACAUGCAAGCACACCACGUCUGUGGAGGACUUAGCACUGGGCCAGUGUAUGGAGAAAAUGGGUGUUAUAGCUGGAGAUUCCAGGGACACUGAAAAAAGAGAAACAUUCCACCCAUUUACACCUGACUCCCAUCUUACAGACCAUUACGAUAAGAGCUUUUGGUAUUGGAGUUACUGCUUAUAUCCUAUUGUGGAGGGUCCUCAGUGCUGCUCAGAUCUGGCUAUAUCCUUUCACUAUGUUAAUCCUGAACUCAUGCAUACUCUGGAGUACUAUGUCUACCACCUGAGGGCAUAUGGAUACCAGUAUCGCUACCAGCCCAAACUGUCAAAGGCGGCAGACAAGUUACCAAUGCACGAGGAGGUGGCCAAUAUAGACAGAUUUCCAGUACAAAACACUAAACACUCAAAUGACACAGCCACUUCCUCAUGAAUUGGGUGUGUUAUAACAAGUGGAUUAUGUAGCACAUUUUAAAUGAAGAAAUACGUGCAAUGAAUAAUACAUUUUAUUACCACAUGUGAAUAAAUCAGUUACUGAGAAUCCCAAAGACAGAAGAUGCGGAACAAUUAAGAAGGCUGUGAAUCAAACUGUGAGAAGAUCACGAUCUCAAAAAACAUUAAUUUAUGUUCUAUCUGCAUUAAAACCCUGAAAUAAUGUGAUGAAGUCAUGUUAACAAGUGUUUUUUGCAGCAACACAACUGAAGCAGAUCAAUCUCUUGAAUUUAGCUGCAACAAGCAGAACUGUUGAAAGUUUGUGAGAUCAUAAUGUACAACUAUUUUUAUAGUGGUUAUUAUUUAUUGAAUAGAUUGAGACUUCAGUUUAUUGGAAAGGGGUUGUACUGAAGCUGUCAUCAGUAAGAAAUAUAUUUAUCUUUAUGAUUACUGAUUGGGGUAUCGGGAGAAUAAUUUGUAAAGUGCCUUUUUUUUUAUAUAUUGCAAAUUGUAGUUUAUUGAAAAGGGGCUGUCAGUUCUUGUGCCCCAUAACAGUCAAACCUCAAAGCAUAAGUGAAAGUUUAAUUAAAUUGGCUAAGUUGGAACUA